AUGCUCAAGGGGGUUCCUCUCCUGUUCCUCUCUCUGUUGGCCAUUCGGGGAGGGUGGCACCAGGUGAACGCCUCCCAGGAGUGCGUCGCGCCGUUGUCCUACCGAGGGCCCUGCCCUCGCUUCCUCCAAAUGGAAAACAAAACGGCACAGAAAAGGUUGCUCGAGGGGGAGUGCCGCAUUUUCUGGUGAAUGACUGAUGCCCAAAAGGAAAUAUGGAGCAACAAAUGCGGAACGGAUUGGCCAUGCAUGGUUAGACACGCAAAUUUGUAUGCUGCAUGGGGAUAUACCUUUGUGUGGAAGUCCCCAUCCUCUCCACCCCCUCAUCCAAUGAAGGCGUCAUGCAAGAAGGACUAUUCUAGAGGGUGUCCCCAAGGGUGGACCAAAGAGAGUAACACACAGAGGAGUUCCAUUCACCCGCCCUUCGAACUGGGCAUUUUUUUUUACAUGGGCAUCUUUGUCCCAUUUGGAAUUUUUUUUUUUUUGAAAAAAAAUAGAGGAUGGGAGCUGCUACGCCCCCGGAAAAUACUCCGGACCAUGUCUCUCUCGGAUGUCUUUACUGAAUGUGGACGAAGAUAUGAAGGUCGGGUGGCACUUGAAAAGCUGUGCAACGUGAGCUUCCCAUGUGUAGAGACCUGUGAUGUGGAUAUGAGCGACCCCUGUCCUACCGGAUGGUUCGUAAAAUCGGACGCCUUCGGAAAUGCUCUCAGCUGUCUACCCCCAGAUAACUACACAGGUCCAUGUGGAGAGGAGACCAAACUGAUGGAGCAUAACAAUGCCAACGCGGAAGUCUGCGUAGCAAUUUUUGUUACAUCGUCUGAACUUCCACUCACUGAAGGUCUUACCAACUUGAAAUCGAAAGAACGCAUGGCAUAUGAGUGUGGCGUCAGGUGGCCCUGUGCUCCCGCUGCCAAUCCGAUCAACUAUUUGCAAUUCUGCCCGGACGGAUGGACCAAGAGCGAACAGUGUGUACCUCUUUCUUCUUUUUUUUACGACGUGGCUUCACUCCACUUCAAUUUCUGCCGCCCCCUCCUCAACGGCAACGCGGGGACAUCUGCAGCCCUACGGAAGAGGAAAUAUAACAUUGGCCCGGUCGAACCAUUCACGGGGGCCAUAAUCUCCGGCACUGUGAAGUGA